CCCCCCCCCCCCCCCUGGCAUCCUGGGGCGACAAAUUGAAGAGGCCCAUCCGCUAGCAUAGGUUGUCUCCAAUGGCUAUAAGGAAGCGGAAUUGUCACUUCCGCGGCCACUUAUUCUCGUAAUGUAUCUUUAAAUCUAAUUUCGCCCAGAGAAAAAAAAAAAAAAAGACGCAGCACCAUGACAGAUGGCAAUUAUUGUUGUGGCACAAUAUACACCCCAACGGGUGAAACGCAUUUUGAGGGUAUAUGAGCCACGUUUUCGCUGCAUACGAAAACGCACGUGUUGACAGUCCAAUUUGGCUUUUAACUGCUGCAUCAUUCCUCUACCGCCGGCACUCUUUAAAAAAGUUUGCACUUCUUGGGGCUUGUACCACAAGAAUAAUCGUCAUCUGUCUUGCCCGCAUUAAGUUUAACGCUGCAAACCCGGCACUUCCAAGUCACGAACGGCAUGUGUGUUAUCAGCGUGACAUGGUAUUCUCGAAAGGAAAAUGGCGAGCGCCGAGUUGAAACGCAAGCAAGGCAGACGACGAUUAUCGUUGUGGAACAAGCCCGAAGGGCGUAAACUUAGAGUGCAGAAACCCCACCGUGGGACCCCCCCCCCCCCCCCCCCCCCCAAACUUCCGGCGGAGGACGAACAGUCAAGAGCGAAAAGUGACCCUCUAAUAACAAAGAUGUUUUCAAAUAAAAUUCAUUUGUUAGCGUCGGAAACAAAACCAUGUCAUAUCUCUUAUAUUCGCUGCCGCGUCUAUUGGCCAACGCUCUGUUGUGGGCACAUACCGACAUAUGUGCGACUUUGUGUAGGUGAAAAGACUGCUUGGGCGCAGGCUUCUUGGCCGUUAAUUCCCCCGCCGCAGUGGGUAAGCGCCAUGGAUUAAGGAUCAAAGAAGCAAGUGGUUUGGCACUCCGGUGCUAGGCGCUUCGCACCAUGCCGCCGAAAAAUCAGGCGAAAAAAGCGAGCUCAGCUAAAAACUCCAAAGGACAGCCAGCGCGCUCCAGCAGGCGGGGAUCGGCCUCGUCCAAGUCCUCCGCGUCCCCCGAAGAUACGACGCCGGCCCAGCCACAAGGGCAACAGCAACCGGCAGUUGCCGCGCCUGAGUGGGUGCAACAGUAUCAGCAGCAACAACCCGCGGGCUACCAAGCACCCGUGGGUUACCAAGGGCCCAUGUGGAACCAAAUACCCACGGGUUACCAGGACCCCAUGGGUCAGAUGCAGGGUCAGGCGUACGUGGACCCGGCCGACCCGAACACGGUGCACUACGAAGGCUUCGACGCCGGUGCCCGAUUCACCCAGUUGGCGCCGGCCCGGGUCCCCCCGCCGCCGCCAGGGGUCAUGCCCAACCCGGCCCAGGUGGCGCUCAUGCAGGGCCGUAACGUCGUGGUCACGCAGCGCAAGUCCAACGUCUUCUCGGGGGGAUCCAGCGGUGGCGUGGACACUGGCUGCACGCUGCAGUGACGUCACGGUCGCCCGCCGCCAUCGCGAACGCCCGUUGAAAUUGCUGCAGCAGCUGAAGAUUCGCAACUGCGGUCAUAUUCGAUACAGUAAAUUGCUUACAUUACUAACGCUUCUAUACACUUUAUUAGUUUUAGAUUAGGGAACGCAAGCGGCUUGCGUCCCCUAAUCUAAAACUCUCUAUUCUGAAAACAUCUUUCGUUGCAGCUGGAGUAUAACUUACUAAUAAUGAGCAUGUAGCCUUGCCGGCAUGCGUGUAGCGCUUUCGAAAUAACUUCGUCCUCGGAAUCUCACCAAUAGUUCCCAUUUCUAUAUACUUUUGUAACGAUACUCUAUCUUUUAUUCCCUCUUCUCUAUUUGCCUCUGCCAACAGUUACAGUGCAGGCAGCAGGACUUUCUUUACCUAAUAAUAAAGCGAUCAUUUACCACUAUCUACGAAGUGUUUUUUUCUCAUGAAUAAACUUUAAUUGGUAGCUGACUAA